AUGGCGAUGAUUGCAAAAAAUCGAACAAAGAGUACAUGGACGCCGCUAAGUAAUGAAGAUACAAAUAACAAGAUUUUCGAGGAAAGAAAGGCUCUUAUGGGAAAAUGGUUUGACAAGUGGACUGAUGAACAGAGAAAGAAGAUUUUUGAAGAUUUGGUAUUACGAUCUAAACAUAAACAAUUACACUACGCUCGAGAUCUCCUGAAUGAGAAGGUUCCUGCUUUUCAUGAGGAUUUUACACGUGUUCUACCACGUGUCCUUUCUAUCUACAUUUUGUCAUUCCUUGAUCCGAGGACGUUGUGUCGCAGUGCUCGGGUAUGCUGGUACUGGAAGCACCUGUCAGAAAGUGACAAACUCUGGAUGCCCAAAUGUCUUCGCUUAGGCUGGAUCUUGUCCUUUACACCCAGUCCUUACGAGACUGGUGUCUGGAAACGAAAUUACGUGGAAAAUCUUAGACUACUAAAAGUUCAUCGGCCCUCGCAUUCGACCUUGGAACAGUUAGAAAAGUUAAAACUUGACCUUGAGAAGGAUUAUCGUGUGUCCAAGCACAAGAGCAAGAAGAAGGAAAAGAUUCCCUGGCGAGGAUCAGAUCCAGUUCCAAAAGAUACAUGGCGUUAUAAUGUAUUGGAGAAUGAUGAUGUUGUACAGAGUAUUAACAAAGUAAGGAGGAAGAUGACAUGUGGAACAGAGGCAGACAUAAUAUCAAAGAAUGCAAGAAGUAAAGUAAAGACAGGUCACAAUGUCCUUAAUAUGUCCACCAGGAGGUCGUUGUCAGCUUCUAGAUUGAACACAGGUUUCACAGAAAAUGAUGGAAUAGGGAGGCCACAGUGGGCAAAGAAUGCCACUGGAGCUCCCUAUGUUUCAUUUGAUCCAGGCAUGGAGACUGUUCAACGUCCAGCACCUGUUAGUCCUCCAACCAAGACCAAACAUGCACAUCCAAUCUCGGCACGGUCAGGCAGAGAUCCACCUUCAGCAAGAUUGUUUCCAGAAAAACCCUGGAAUGUUCCGACAGAUUCUGAUGAUGAUGAUCACUGACCUUUAACCUCGGGUAUUUGAUGACC